GGUUACAAAUUAAAGCAGACUUAUCGUAUUCUCAUGCCUCUUCCUCCUAAACAAAGAGCCCUAAUUUUUUUCUUCUGCAGAACCGAUGAACGAGAAUCAUCAUCCUCAUCAGCACUCGAGGCCAGUACCGAAGACGUGGAUGGUAUGGAGGUGGAACGUUGAUCAAGAGCUGGCUCGAUUGAUGGAAUGUCAUAAGCUAUUUCCACUGAUAGCUUUUGAUACAGAGUAUCCCGGUAUUACUCACCGCACGUUCCUAUAUUCGUCGGAUGACGAUUGUUACCUCGCCAUGAAAGCCAACGUGGAAUCAUCGAAGCUGAUCCAAUGCGGCUUCACUCUCUUCAACGCCAAGGGAGAGAUCGGCGGCGUAUGGGAGAUUAACUUCUCCAACUUCGGGGACCCGUCGGACACACGCAACCAGAACUCGAUCGAUUUCUUGAAGAAACACGGCGUGGACUUGAACAAAAUCAGAAACGAAGGAGUCGAUAUGUUCAAAUACGGAUUUUUCCCAAAGCUUUUGUCUGCCCUAUACUCUCACAAGUACGUCGAGUUUGUAACUUUCCAAGGAGCGUAUGAUUUCGCGUACGUCCUGUGCAUUCUCAACCACGGGAAACUACCCGAGACUCGUGGGGAAUUUGCAUCGGAGGUUGUGAAAGUAUUCGGCGAGGUUUACGACUUGAAGGUGAUGGCUGGAUUGUGCGACGGGCUCGGUGAACACCUCGGUUUAUCUAAACUAGCUCAGCUACUCCAUAUCCCACGUGUGGGAAGAGCACAUCAUGCCGGUUCAGACAGUUUAAUGACUGCACUUGUGUUUAUCAAGCUCAGGCAAGUGUUUGAAGACUCUAGGUUUGCUAAAGGAAUGCUUUAUGGAAUUGGGAAAAGGAUGAUGGUUACUCCUACGACCACCACCACCAUCAUGCCUUCUCCAGCGGCCUCUAUGCCUAUGAUGUGCCAGCAGAAUCUAGUUUCUUAUCCUUGUACGCAGGAUAUGCUCUUCCAUAAUGGAUACAUCCCAAGCUAUGAUAAUAAUCAGGUUCUCUUCUGGAAUCAUUCAGCUGUUCCAUGGAUGUCUUAUGAUAAUGGUAUGUAUGUCAAUCAGCUUAAUCAUCUACCGUCAAGCACAUUCGUAUACCCGUAUCAGACACCAUAUGCUGCUGAUUACCUUGGUCAGCUUCCGAAUUACUACAAUAAUAAUUGCUAGGUUGAGAUUUUUUCCUGCUUUUAGGACUUAUUUAGAUGGAAUUGAGAUUUUUUCUUCUUGGUUUUUUCUAGCAUUUGCUAGCCUUGAUUUUCUUUAAUAUUUAAUGGGUUGUUUACAUGGCUUACUCUAUCAACUGGGCACGCUUGUCUGCAAUCUAUGAUAAAUAAAAGCGAAUUAUUCUAC